GCCGGCUGUGGCGGCGGCAAUAUGGCGGACGUGCUAAGUGUUGGUGUCAACCUGGAGGCCUUUGCCCAGGCCAUUAGUGCCAUUCAGGCCCUCCGCUCUAGCGUGAGCAGGGUGUUCGACUGCCUGAAGGAUGGCAUGCGGAACAAAGAGACGCUGGAGGGCCGGGAGAAGGCCUUCAUUGCGCACUUCCAGGACAACUUGCAUUCGGUCAACCGGGACCUCAAUGAGCUGGAACGUCUGAGCAACCUGGUGGGCAAGCCUUCUGAGAACCAUCCUCUCCAUAACAGCGGGCUGUUAAGUCUGGAUCCCGUGCAGGACAAAACCCCUCUGUACAGUCAGCUCCUCCAGGCGUACAAAUGGUCAAACAAGUUGCAGUACCAUGCAGGUCUGGCAUCUGGCCUUUUGAAUCAACAGUCGUUGAAACGUUCCGCUAACCAAAUGGGAGUGUCUGCUAAACGUAGACCAAAGGCUCAACCCACGACUCUCGUCUUACCGCCUCAAUACGUUGACGAUGUGAUCAGCCGCAUCGACCGGAUGUUCCCUGAAAUGACCAUCCACUUGUCCAGGCCCAAUGGAACAUCCGCCAUGCUUCUGGUGACCUUGGGAAAGGUGUUGAAAGUGAUUGUCGUCAUGCGGAGCCUGUUCAUUGAUCGAACGAUAGUGAAGGGGUAUAAUGAAAACGUCUACACAGAAGAUGGCAAGCUUGAUAUAUGGUCCAAAUCCAACUAUCAAGUGUUUCAGAAGGUGACUGACCAUGCCACCACCGCCCUGCUCCACUACCAGCUGCCCCAGAUGCCUGACGUUGUGGUCCGCUCCUUCAUGACCUGGCUAAGAAGUUACAUAAAGCUGUUCCAGGCCCCGUGCCAGCGCUGCGGGAAGUUUCUGCAGGACGGCCUGCCCCCCACCUGGAGGGAUUUCCGCACCCUCGAGGCCUUCCACGACACCUGCCGGCAGUGAUCCCACCCCAGCCCCGCGCCGGCCCCCAGACCCCCACCCAGCACCUUCCCAGGCAAGCCCUCCGUCACAGCGGUGGCUCAGAUGUGUCUUCAUGGCCAGAAUGGCAGUUCCGCCACCUGCUCGCUUCCGUCGCGCGCUCAGGCUUGGCGAACAGCAGAGUCCCCUCUGUUGACGGGACUGUCACACCGUGGAGAGGGCGUGUGGAGGUGCAGAGAGCACCUCAGGACCCAGGACGAGGAAGUUAGGCAGCGUGUUUCCCUGUGUGUGUUCACCAUGCCGGUCCAUCAGCCCUCCUGGAUCUGUGUUCUAAGUCAUUUUAUAGUUGGAGUGAGCCCUUGUCAUGCCGAGUUUUUUGUUCUGUUCCAUAACUUAUUUUUAUAAGCAAUAAACCUUUUCUACCCG